AACAGGAAAACCGCUAUGAGAACACAUUCCAGCCAGAGCAGAGUGUGCGGGACAAUAAGGGGUGGGACAAAAACUGUAUGCCAUUUAAAAAAAUUAAUCGGCAAUCUUAACUUCAGAUCAGGAACACGGACGACAACGGAGACCCUUAGUUCUUACUUACUUACUAACUUAUUUACUGGGUCCGGACUUAGUGGAGCCGCCACUGGGAUCCGAACCGACGACGACGGUUCGUCUCGGUUAAUCAGCGCAGAUUUGAACCCAGAUGAGAUGAGAUAGUACAUUUCUGUCAAGACACAGCUGCCAGGUCCUGAUUUUAAUCAGCAUUAUCAUUCUUCACUUCUUCCUCUUCGUUUGUGUUGAAGCCUAGAGAGAGAGAGAGAGAGAGAGAGAGGAGAAAGCAGCAGCAGCAGCGAUACGACGUCCUCACAAAAACGGCGGGUUGGUCGUUAGAAAACGCAGAAAAAGGAUGUGGACUCUCUCCUGGUUAAACAUAUGCAGCUGAGCCGCUCGAAAGUUGUACACGUAGCAGCUGAAACGACUUCCAUUAGUUCGCAAGACGUGGGCCACGGAUGGACUCUUCAAAGACACUGUGAUGUGGGAGACGAGAGGCGUUUGCGUCAAGAAGAGAUGGGAAGCUCUGCUCUACUCACAGUGGUGUUAGCUGGAGUCUUCCUGUUGGCCUCUACCAUCCAUGCAAACACCGGAGAUGAUGAGAAGCUGCUUUGUACAUGCGAGAAUCGAAAAAACACAUGCACAAACGGGACAUGCAGAGGAGACAUCUGUUUCUACACCUGGGUGCACGGCAACGAGGAGAGAGGCUGUUUCUCCCAAACCCACUUCAGGGAGCAGUGCUCCGGCUCCUUUGAGGGAUUCUUUGUCUACUGCUGCAGAGAGAACUUGUGCAACACCGAAGUCACACCACCUCCAGUUAUUAAAGGAGUGACGACGACAGCGUCCCCAGAACCCACUCGUCCCGAGCUGUGGAUCACUUUGUCCUUGCUGCUGCUCAUCACGGUUAGCAUUGUGUGUGGCCUGGUGCUGUUCCUGCACUUCAAACACACACACUGCAGACUGAGAAAUGCGGAAGAACAUGACGUCACCAUGCUCAAGGUCCCCAAUGGAGAUGACCCCACAUAUGGCGAUAUAUUUGAUGAGUUUUGUACAUCAGGGAGUGGGACAGGACUGCCCUAUCUAGUUCAAAGGACCAUGGCCAGACAAAUCUCACUAGUUGAGUGUGUUGGUAAAGGCAGGUAUGGUGAGGUAUGGAGGGGGACCUGGAUGGGGGAAAGUGUGGCUGUUAAGAUCUUCUCCUCUAGGGAUGAACAGUCCUGGUUCAGAGAGACUGAGAUUUACAAUACUGUUCAGCUGCGACACGACAACAUACUGGGUUUUAUAGCCUCUGAUAUGACAUCCAAGAACUCCAGCACCCAGCUGUGGCUCGUCACUCACUUUCAUGAGCUGGGUUCACUCUAUGACUUCCUGCAAUACAGCAACUUGGAGCCGGAGAGCUGUCUGAGGAUGUGCCUGUCUGUGGCUUGUGGUCUGGUCCACCUCCACACUGAGAUUGUCAGCUCCCAGGAAAAGCCAGCCAUUGCCCACCGAGACCUGAAAAGCCGAAACAUCCUGGUAAAGCGGAAUGGACAGUGCUGUAUUGCUGAUCUAGGUUUAGCUGUGAUACACUCUCAGUCCCAUGACUACCUCGACGUGGGCAACAACCCCCGUGUGGGGACCAAGCGCUACAUGGCCCCAGAAGUGCUAGAUGAGACCAUUCGUACUGAUGUUUUUGAAUCGUACAAGCAGACAGACAUCUGGGCCCUGGGCCUGGUCUUCUGGGAAAUUACCCGCAGGACUAUUGUCAAUGGGAUUGUAGAAGAGUACCGUCCGCCUUUCUUUGACCUGGUGCCCUCAGAUCCUAGCUUUGAGGAGAUGAAGAAGGUGGUGUGUGUAGACCAGCAGAGGCCCAGUCUUCACAACAGGCUCCAUUCCCACCCAAUUCUCACAGCCAUUGUGAAGAUCAUGAAAGAGUGUUGGUACCAGAGUCCACCUGCCCGCCUCACAGCCCUACGAGUGAAGAAGACGCUCUCCAAACUGGACCACGACAGUGACUUCAGCAUUGAAAAACUCAAGCAGGACGUUUAGACUUCAGCACUGGGAUGAAGGAGGGACAAAGGAUGUUGGAAAAUGCUAUAGAGGGUUUUUGCACCAUAGUCAAAUCCUUAACAUGUCUUAAUGUAUUGUUCAGCUAAAAUUAACUUGGAUCAGACACUUCUGCUGCAGAAUACUCUACUCUUCUCAGGAGUAGGAGGAGCUUUGAUAUACAGAAACAAAUGUACACAUGGAUAACCAAAGACAUGGAAAACCAAUGAGGGUAUGAAGGCCCCAGCAAAUGUCAUAUUCCAUAAACCAUUACCAUUACCUGUUCUGUAAGCAUACUGUAUUUAACUUAUACAAAACUUGCCAUUUAUUAUCUGCACUUGUAGACACAUUGAUCUAUUUAAAUGUACAUAUUCCGACAGAAUUCAAGCCGUCGUCUUGUAUCACCCUUGAGUUUAUUGUAAAUAUAUUUCUAAAGGAAUAUUAUUGUUAAUUAUUCACUGAUACACACUGUAUAUCCUUUUAUACAACACAUUUUUUACAUGUCUAUAGGCCUAAUGUAGCAUCACUUUGUCACUAUGGUUUAACAAAAUGUCAGACAUGUGAUACUGUCUAUGUUGAAUAAAGAAUUGUAUUUUUAAAGGUU